CCUUUAGAUCGGGCUUUGUGGGAAUGAUUGUCAGUGGCUUAAUGAGCGCCUUUGCCAAGCUAGAGGCUUUGGCAACAUAUGUGACUACAGUGCCUCUGUGCCUCUCCGGCUCUCCAGCUCGUACCACACAACACAGAACGGGCUCUCCUUUUUUACUUCGAAAGAGAAUGUUUACCUAACUCCUGGUUUUCCUUUUUUCUCGUGGAUGUUAUUACCUGGACAGGAAUAGUUACUCCUCUCAUGGGGACCGGAGCUGAGGAUGAAGUGAAAUCUUGUACCGCAUCCUCAGCGCGCCAGAGAAAUGAACUGAGGACCGAGCAGCAGACAGCACGCGUUUCUUGAGGACGUCCGAUAUUCAAAAGACAAACCAUGAGGUUACAGAAGAGCCCGGGAUUGGCCGCUGUGCUUUGCCUGAUCAUCUGUAUGUGUGCCUUCUAUACAACGACAGCCUUCGACAUCCCACUGGAGGUUUUAGGUCAUGUAAACAUCGAGCAGCUGCCCACCAUCACCGAUCAGUCGCCCAGCUCUCUCAUCGCCUUCCCCUUCGACGAGAGCUUCCCGAUGACGUGCGAAGCCAAGGGAAACCCCGAGCCAGAAUUCAGAUGGACCAAGAAUGGCCAGGAAUUCGACCCCGAUCUAGACCCCCGACUGAUGAAAGAGGAGAAUUCUGGGACCUUUGUGAUACCUAAUAAUGGGAACCUCACAGAGUACCAGGGAAACUAUCGCUGUUACGCCUCAAACAGACUGGGGACCGCCAUAUCCAAGGAGAUUGAGUUCAUUGUGCCCCAUGUUCCCAAGUUUCCUAAAGAGACCCUGGAUCCUGUGGAGGUCGAGGAAGGCCAGCCUUUGGUUUUAGAGUGUAACCCCCCUCAAGGGAUACCCCCCCUCCAGAUCUACUGGAUGACCAUCAAUCUGCAGCACAUCGAGCAGGAUGAGAGGGUCUCCAUGGGGCUGAACGGAGACCUCUACUUCUCUCACGCCGUGGAGAAGGACAGCCGGAGAGACUACUGCUGCUUCGCCGCCUUCCCCAGGAUACGCACCAUCGUUCAGAAGAACGCCAUGUCUGUCAUCGUCAAGACAAAAAACAUGAGUCCUGAAACCGCUAACGCCAUCCUGGAGCGGAGACCCUCUCUUCUGACGCCUUCUGGUGGCAAGUCAGAGACACAGCUGGUCAAAGGGGAGGACCUGCAAUUGGAGUGUAUUGCUGAGGGAUUUCCAACUCCUCAGGUAGAGUGGGUGAGGAUGGGUCAUCAGCUGCUCCCCUCUAAAGCCAUACAGGAGAGUCACAAGAAACAGCUGAUUGUGCCGAGGGUUGAGCUGGAGGACAGCGGGAAGUACAUGUGCAAAGCCAAGAACGCUCUGGGAGAGGCCGUCCAUUACUUCAUGGUGACGGUAGAAGAGCCUCCGGAGUGGGUGGUGGAGCCGGAGAGUCUGCUCAGUAUGAUCGGAUCAGACGUGCUCAUCAAGUGCUCGGCCAGCGGGACGCCCCCCCCCAGGAUCACAUGGAGGGUGAACGGAGAGCCUCUGCAGGGUUCCCCCGCAGCCAACAGGAAGGUGUUUGACGACACCAUCAUGCUACACAACGCCAAAGAGUCUGACAGCGCCGUGUAUCAGUGCGAGGCCUCCAACAAACACGGCACCCUUCUGUCAAACGCAAACAUCAUGAUCAUGAAUCUGGCCCCCAUGAUUUUAACCAAGGAAGGAGAGGAAUACACCGCUGUGGAGGGGAAGGGAGCGAUGAUGCACUGCAAUGUCUUCAGCUCUCCUCCUCCUACUAUCACAUGGAGCAGAGACGACUCCCCUGAAUCCGUGCAGGGACAGAGGUUUAGUGUUCACGACAACGGGUCGCUGGAGAUCUACGGCACGGAGAAGGACGACAUGGGACAGUACCAGUGUUUUGCGAAAAACACAGAGGGGUCGUCCGCCCUCAACGCCAUGCUCUACGUGAGAGAUCCCACCAGAAUAGUGGCGGCCCAGGAGGACCUGCAGGUGUUAGUCGGUACCACGGCCCAGCUGUCGUGCCUCGCGCAGUACGACAAGUCCUUCAUCAACGACUUUGAGCUCCUGUGGGAAAAAGACGAUAUACCAAUAACCCUGAACUACACUGAGAACUCAAGAUACUUUGUGGAGAAAGGAGUCCUUCAGAUCACCAAUGUGAGCCACAGGGACCAGGGUCUCUUCACCUGCGUGGCCAGAACCCCGGUGGACCGAGACGCCGCCUCAGCGCUGCUCAUGGUGUUAGAUGUCCCCGAUGCUCCUGAGUACUUGGUACUGUCGGACCACAAGAGCAGGAGUGUGAAACUGAAAUGGAUCCCCGGGGAUGAUCACAACAGCUCCACCACAGAGUUUAUCAUCGAGUACGAGGAGAGCCAGUGGGAGCCCGGAAGCUGGAAGGAGCUGCUCCGAAUACCUGGGAACCACAACUCUGCCGUGGCCAAACUCCACGGGCACGUCGACUAUCGCUUCAGGGUGUCCGGAGUUAACGAUGUGGGGAGGGGGCGUCCCAGCGAGCCCACGGAAAGAUACAAAACCCCGGCCACAGCUCCCGACAAGAACCCUGAAAAUGUCAAAAUCGAAGGUCAUUUGCCACAUGAAAUGGAUAUCAACUGGGAGCCCUUGCUACCCAUUCAGCACAACGGUCCGGGUUUGGAGUAUGAGGUUUUCUACAAGAGACAAGGGGUGGAGGAGGACUGGCAGAAACACACGGUGAAGAGACACUCGUUUGUGGUGAAGAACACCCCCACCUUCGUGCCCUACGAGAUCAAGAUCCAAGCCAGGAACAAUCAGGGCCGGGCCCCCGAGCCAAAGAUAGUGUCCGGAUACUCAGGAGAGGACUUUCCCUCUGCUGCACCUGAGGAUGUAUCCGUGGAGGUGAUGAACAGCUCGGUGGUCAAGGUUAGCUGGACGCGUGUACACAAGGACACGCUACACGGACAUCUGGGAGGCUACAGGGUAAACUGGUGGCGUAUGCGAAGCCUGGCCGACUCUAAGAAAAAACACGGAGACAAACAGACGCUGGCGUUCCCCGGGGACCGAAACCACGGCGUGUUGCCGGGACUGACGCCUUUCUCCGAGUACAGCCUCAUCGUCAUGACCUUCAACGGACGGGGCAACGGUCCAGGCAGCCAUCCCCUCAACUUCAAAACCCCAGAGGGAGUCCCGGAGAAAAAUCCUGUUUUCGGGGUCACGGAUGUUCAGAAGCACACCGUCUCCCUGGCGUGGGCCGCGCCCUCGGAGCCUAAUGGAAUUCUCACCGGGUACCUCCUCGAGUAUCAGCUCAUCAACGAGACGGAGGAAGUGGGCCCCCUGCAGACCGUAGACAUCAGCGACCCGGACACCAACAAGUGGAUCCUGCGCGACCUGGAACCCUUGAGCAAAUACAAGCUGUACCUGCGCUCCUGCACCACCAUGGGCUGCGGGCCCAUCAGCAGCGAGGAGUGCACCACCACCCUGGAAACAAGCCUGGCCAGCGUCCACGGAGGAAUCUCCACCCAGGGUUGGUUUAUCGGCCUGAUGUGCGCCAUCGCUCUCCUCACGCUCAUUGUGCUGAUCGCCUGCUUUGUCAACAGAAAUAAAGGAGGGAAAUAUUCCGUGAAAGAAAAAGAGGACCUUCACCCAGACGUGGAGUCCCAGGGCAUGAAUGACGACACAUUUUGUGAAUACAGUGACAAUGACGAGAAGCCACUGAAGGGCAGCCAGCGCUCGCUGAGCAGAGAGAUCAAAGCGGGGGACAGCGGGGACAGCCUGGUGGACUACGGAGACGAGGACGUCCAGUUCAACGAGGACGGGUCCUUCAUCGGAGAGUACGCCGGGCGAAAGGAGAAGAGGGUGUCCGCCGAGAUCAAAGCCCCCGCUCAGACCCCGGCGUGAGGAGCGGGAUCUUCCAAAUCCCCCCUGUACGGACAUUGAAACCUGCAGGGAGGAACCAGAGCAGACAGACAUUAUCCACCGAGCACAGAGUGUUGUGUCAAUCGUAAUGCGUCAUUACUGCCACCCUCAUUUUAUACAGCUCCGUUUUGUCAAGUUGCAACAGAGUGACCAUUACUAAAUGCUGUGUAUAUAGAGUGUAUAUUGUACGUCCUUUUUUUAUAAUUAUUAUUUCACACAAAAAGUUUAGAGGGCUUGGAUUUUCUUUUCUUUUUUAUCUGCAUUACGCACUGUUUGUACAAAUGUUAGGAAACUCUGUGACCCAUCAUGUUAUGGAGAUGGUAUAUCAUCUUGUAGCAGGCCACAGAUAGCCUACGUGGGAAUAUCAAGUUGAUAUUUGUUUUUCAAUUGGAGCAUAAUACUGACAUUUUAUAUUUGAAAUUGAUUCAUUAAAUAUAAUGUAAGAUGUGUAUAAAGGUUGCUUAUUAA